GUUCGUCAGCUGGAGAGAACGGUGAGCCUGAGGGACCUGUCCAUCGUGGAGAUGGAGGGGAAAAUGAGAGAAAUGUCCGCAGCCACUUAUGACGGCAUAUUUGUCUGGAAGAUCUCUGAUUUCACCAGAAAGAGGCAGGAUGCUGUGGCUGGCCGGGCCCCUGCUAUGUUCUCUCCUGCCUUUUAUACCAGUAAAUAUGGCUACAAGAUGUGCUUGCGGAUCUACCUGAAUGGUGAUGGGACGGGGCGAGGCACCCACCUGUCUUUGUUCUUUGUGGUGAUGAGAGGACACAGUGAUGCACUCCUCAAGUGGCCUUUUAAUCAAAAGGUCACCCUUAUGCUGCUCGACCAGAACAACAGGGAGCACAUAAUUGAUGCCUUCAGGCCUGACAUUUCAUCCUCAUCCUUCCAGAGGCCUGUCAGCGACAUGAACAUCGCCAGUGGUUGUCCGCUCUUCUGUCCGCUCUCAAAGCUGGACUCUAAAAACUCCUAUAUACGUGAUGACACCAUUUUCAUCAAAGCCAUUGUAGACCUAACAGGCCUUUAGGUAAAAGUUGAGGGCAUGAAUCCAACUCUGCCUUUUGUUGCUACUAACCUGUUUAAGUUAACAGGAUUUUGUAUCACGAGAAAUUGGGAUUUGCCUUUUGACAUUUAUUUGGUUUUUUUGAAUUUGGUAUGAUUUUAUUGGUGGCAAUAUGCAAGACCAGAGCAAGUUCUUUUGGGCCACUUGCCACUGGCCAAAAACUUGUGUAGCCAUUCUUAUCUUACCAAUUGAUCUGAGUUUGUGUUUGACAAAAAUUGCAAAUACCUACCAAAGUGAAAAUAACAUCCAUAUUGGUAUUUGGCUGAUAAUGUGUUAUUUUCCCUCCCCCAAGAAGUCCCUCAGGCCAGUGUUUUGAAACAACUGUGCUAUCCUAAUGACAAAAUAAUAGAGAAUAGCUAGCAUGCUUAUUAUAAGUCCAUCAAAUGAAGUGUACGUUUUUUUAAGGAGUUUUUUUUACAAACUCCUUAAAAAUCUAAUAUUAUUGGCAACCCUUAAAAGAUUUAACAACAGGAGAUUCGUUUAGCUGAUAAUGUUUUAUUUAGGUUUCCAGACAUGUGUCUGACAACUUGGUGAUGUGGUAAAAAUAAUUUUUAUCUCCUUAGUACUGUUUUUGUCUCCACCAAGUCUUAAAAAAGGUUUUUGUGGCUUAGCUACCAGCUAUCUUGUUAGCUUAAUUUGUUUUCAGACAGUAGGUUUGGCAGUGAAAACAACUGCCUGCUGUUGGGAACAGGCUGAAUCAGAGUGGUGUGACUGAAUUAAAACUGUGUAAUCGAGCUGUUUUAUAUGACAUGUAGUUUUGUGGCCAAUCAUUAAUAUAAAAAUUCUGGUAGAGCAGCUAUAAAAAGAAAAAAACAAACCAACUGUCCACUAUAGUGCUCAUGUUGAAGCUAAUGCUAAUUUGUUCGCUUAUUUUAAGCAUUUAGCUUAAAUUUGCAACACCAAAACCUGUCCUAAAUGACUGAAAAUAUUGAACCUUAGACCAGUGACACCGUAGCUUUGUAUUUUGAACGACUUACAGACAUUGCAAGGUCUAGGCUCUUUAUUGAGUUUAUUGCCUAACAUUUGGUAAGCUGUUUUUUUUUUUUUCUUUACAGUCAAGUUUGUCACACUGUUAAAGGAACUGUAACAGUGUGACACCCAUGUAGCCUACAGAAUAUUGCGCAGCUGUGCACACAGUUUGUAGUGCAGUAGAAUUUCAAACUGGUUUGCUUUUUUUUUUU